AUGAAUGCACGCCGGGCCUUGCUCUCCGCUGCCUUGCUAGCCAGCCUCCUCUGGGAUUUACCUUGCUGCCUCCCGGCUUCCCUCCCCGCCGCCUCGGAGCUCGCCGCCUUCUCCAAAGGCGGACGGGGCCGCAGGGUGCCGCGGUCCCCACGGGAGAACCGCCCGCGGCAAGGGGGACACGCCGUGGGCCGGGCGCUCCCACGGGCGGAACCCCACGAGUACAUGCUGUCUCUGUUCAGGACUUACUCCAUCGCAGAGAAAUUGGGCAUCAACGCCAGCUUUUUUCAGUCGUCCAAAUCCGCCAACACCAUCACUAGUUUUGUAGACAGGGGACUAGACGAUCUCUCGCCCGCUCCCUUGAGGCGGCAGCAGUAUGUGUUUGAUGUAUCGACCCUCUCGGAGACGGAGGAGCUGGUGGGGGCCGAGCUGCGGCUCUUCCGCCGGGCCUCCCGCGCCCGCCCGCCGCCCGCCGCCCCCUUGCACAUGCAGCUCUUCCCCUGCCUGUCGCCGCGGCCGCUGGACUCCCGCGCCCUGGACCCACGGGCGGCCCCGGCCGCCGGCUGGGAGGUCUUCAACGUGCGGCAGGGCCUGCGGGAGCAACGGCCCUCGAAGCGGCUGUGCCUGGAGCUGCGGGCCUCGACGGGCCGCGGGUCACCGCGCUGGCUGGACCUGCGGGGCCUGGGCUUUGGGCGCCGGCCGCGGCCGCCGCAGGAGCGGGCGUUGCUGGUGGUCUUCACCCGCGCCCGGCGGCGGAGCCUGCUCGGGGAGCUGCGCGCCGAGCUGGGCGCGCCGCCGCCGCCCGCUGCCCGCCGCCCGCCGCCCCGGCGCCAGCGGCGCACCGCCUUCGCCAGCCGGCACGGGAAGCGGCACGGCAAGAAGUCCCGCCUGCGCUGCAGCAAAAAGCCGCUGCACGUCAACUUCAAGGAGCUGGGCUGGGACGACUGGAUUAUCGCCCCGCUGGAGUAUGAGGCCCACCACUGCGAGGGGGUCUGCGACUUCCCUCUGCGCUCCCACCUGGAGCCCACGAACCACGCCAUCAUUCAGACCCUCAUGAACUCCAUGGACCCCGGCUCCACGCCGCCCAGCUGCUGCGUCCCCACUAAAUUGACUCCCAUCAGCAUCCUCUACAUCGACGCGGGCAACAACGUGGUGUACAAGCAGUACGAGGACAUGGUGGUGGAGUCCUGCGGCUGCAGGUAGCGGGCGGGACACCCCUCGGGGCUGCGUGUGGCGGAGAAACGCCGGCGGUGGCGAGCGGGGACGGCCCGCGCCCGCCGGGAGCGGGCCCGGCGCGCAGGGGACGGGUGGGCGCCGGUUCCCGCGGUGGCGGCGGGCGUCGGGCAGCGUCUGCCCUUGGCUGCCAUGUGGGGAAGCGAGAGCGGGCAGGGCAGGCGGCCAGGCCCCGCCGGGUCCCUUCCCCGCUUCCCCCCUCCCUCCCUCCCUCCGUCUCCCGGGGUUUAUCUGGCGAUCUGUCCUUUUCCCUCCAAAGGUGAAGGCAAUUUAACAAGUACAAAAAGAGUCGGGGGAGGGAGAGGGAGCAGACCGAGCCCUUUCUCUGAAGUUGCUCUGAAGAGGGCUGCUUCAUUUCUGCCCUCUCUCUUUCACAUUCCUGCAAGCUUACCAGCCAGAAAUAGCCUCCGGCCCCCACCCCCAAAGGAAAAAAAAGAAAGAGAAAAGUUAAAAAAAAAAAAAAAAAAAAGUUGCUCAAGAUUGUAGUUACCAGUUAGGUUUUAUUUUAAGACAGCAAUGAAAAACUGUGAAGAGCGAAGUGUUACAGAAAGCACAACCUGGGUGAAUUGGAAAGGAAACUCCCUCGGAUUUCAGGAACAGCGCAAGGAUGCCGUUGCCAGGUCUCUAGGUAGCUCUAGCUCGGCAGCCCUUGCAACCUGCAGCAGUAUUAUACACGAAUGUUGUGCUGGAAAAGGUGUUCUAUGUAAGAUUCCUGUUUCUUUCCCACCUUUGAUCUCAGCUGCGGCUUCACCUGAGGAAAGUGCACUUCGAAGCAUGCCUAGCCCUUUCUUAAUGUAACUAUUAUGUUCGUAGUUUCAGGCUUUUCCCCACUGAUUUCUAGAGUUGUCUUAUCUGGUUUUGCAGAGCUACAAACUGGUGGAAAAAAAAAAAUUAAAGAAAGAGAAGAGAAUAAUAAUAUAAAAUGCUAAUAAAAAGACUCGACCAGGAGCAAUAAUUUAAAAUGCACAUUUUGCUUUGGAUGCACUGUUGUUCAUAUAAAAGUUGUAAAUAUUUGUUUAUUUAAACAGACUGAAAAGUGCAAAAUGGAGAUGAACAACAUGCAUUUCUUUUUUUUUAAUGUACAAAACAUUAUAUGCACUCGAAAUGUUAUAAUUUCUAAUAUUUUUAAAAGUUUAUAUUUGAGUUGUACAGAAUUAAGCAUUAAUCAAAUAUUUCAUCCUUACUUAACAUUAUCAUUUCCUUAAGAUAUUAUUACAAGAUUUAAAUUCUGUGCUAAUAAUGGAGAAAAGAACUUUUUUUUUUUACUGUCUACCUCACUAUAAUGCAAGUAUUUACAACUAUAAAGUUAUCUGAGGUAAAUUAAUAUUCAGAACAUUUUUACAAUACACCUUUACUGGACGAUACUACAACUAUUACUGUAUUAUUAAACAUUUUUUUUUUCCAAAAAGUCAGCUUGCUUUUAUAUGUUUUAUUAUUUGGUUAAGUAAUGCUGAGUUCUCAAGUAAACAUUGGCUCCAGUUCCAAAAUGCUGCAGAGUUGAGUUGGAGCAAGUGCCACUUUGAGACGUACCUGAAACCAUUCCUCCUAUCUGAAGACUUUUUGUGCUUUCACAAGAUCUUUAGUUUUGUCUUUGGUAUAUGCUGGUGGCACAAAGCUGCAUUAUGUUUAUCUGCAUUUCAUGCAAUGAUUACUGUAAGUGGGAGAAUGCAUUAAGGGGAAAAAUUCAGUCAAACCUUUGUAAAUUUCAUCUGUACUGGGCACAUUUAUAUACACUGUAUGAUGAUGAUGAGCAAAAGACAAUGAAUGUUUUAUAAAUGAUAUUUAU